CCUAAAAGUCAAGUUGACAGAAUUUUUGCCCUGAGAAUUAGCUCUCGAAAAUCCAGUAAAAAAGGCAUCUAAUAAGAUGGAAACAGAUCCUGGGGAUCAGCAGGAUGCAACCCCUAGAUGGCCCAAUAUUGGCGAGAGUCAAGGUGCCCCGCCAGACCGAGAUUGUCUAUCUGACAGCCAACUGUUAAAGAACAAUAAAAAGCAGCAGGAAACGAUAGCAGCGCAGACGAGGCUUAUUGAAAAGAUUUCACUGCUAAUGGACAUGUUGCAGAGGCAAAUUAAUAAAUUAUUGAAGAGUGAAUCGCCAAAGAAACGUCAAUAUGACAGCGACAGCGAAAGUUCCACAGUUAACGAAACGGAAAUAGCAAAAAUGCAAGAAGAUAGCCUUAAAGUAUCGAAAAACGCAGAUCCAAGAAGAGCUCCAGCGAUUUUCCACCACUGCCAAAACGUCAUACGAUAUAACCGAAUAAUCGGUAGCAGUGAGACAAGCAAUCACAAACUUGACAAUUCGGCAAUUGAAUCUACUAUUAUGCUUGUGAAAGUGAUUUUUCUGCAGAUGAGGCAGAGUUAUUGAAAAGUGAAGACAUGCAUUCUUCUGUCCUGCCAUGGAAUCUUGUAUUUGUAUAUUACUUAUAAUUAAAUCACAAAAUACAGUUUCGAUAAGC